UUAAAUUCGUAAGCCCUAAUUUUACGAAGGGCACGAAUCCGCAGGCUGGGACCUCGGUAACCGUACAGGCUGGAGGCGGCGGAGACGGCGGUGAAGGCGAUGAGAUUCAGCGUGAAGGCAUGGAGCAAGGGCGGAGCUCGGGCGGGGGUACUGCAGGUCGGCGGCAGCUGUUGUUUGGAAACUCCAGCUCUCCUCCUCACUACACGCAAGGGUUUGCCUUCCUUCAUUUCCCCUGACCUGCUGUCUACUCUCCCGUCGCCGGACUCUCGCCUCCUCCAAUUUAGUCCUCUUCACUUCGCAGGAGGAAUCUCUAUGAAAACGAUAUCCGAAUUGGGAGGGCUGCAUCAGAUGCUUGGUUUGAAAGAUCAUGUGUUUGUGGCCGUCCCGAGGGAUUCAAUUAUAUCCUUGCCGGAUUACCAGAGCGCUAACAGGCUGGGAGCUUCUUUCGAGACUCCUUGUGGUCGACUGCUGGUAAAAAAAGAUGAAACCAAAGCAGUAUAUGGAAAUGAUUUCAUCGAUGAAGCCGGAUAUAUGGUCCACAUUGGCAGAUGAAGUCCCUGCAUGGGUUUCUGAAAAGAGAAACAGAGCCUCGGUUGAUCGAACUGUGAGAUGGCUUGAUGAAUUUAUUAUUGAUCUUGAUUGGUUUAUUCAUAAUCAAUAAACAAGAAUUCAAUCGGAAAUUAAAAAAACCCUAGAAGAGAAGAGAAAUCAAGAACCGAACUAACCUUGUGCUUUAGAGAAGAGAAGAGACUGAUCAUUGAAGCCAUUGAUAUAGAACAACCUUCCGAUCCUUCACACCCUCAAAAUCUGAAUGCUUUCGGAAAUGGCCAAAACCUUUCUCCAAGACUCCAACCGAGAGAGAGAGAAAUUGUGGGUGUGUUUGGUUCUUGCAUUUGUAUGUAUGAUAUCUUUAUACAUAUAUAUAUAUAGUGUAACAAAUGACCGUUAGGAAAUAAAAAGGAAUUUUAAUUAA